CGAGGAAGGUCAUUUGUGGCUGUAAACGUGCGAAUUUGAGGUAGCGAUUUUGUCUUUUCAUUUUCUUACUGAAGAAUAUUUACCAUGAGUAUUUUUGUGCGGAUGACACAGACCCUUGGCAGACAACGUCUAUUGUCUCACAGAUUCUACUGCAUUGCAGCAAGUGGAUCAAAAGAACACAUAGAAGGACUGGUCAAGAAGGACCCGAUUGUUGUUUUCAUGAAAGGGGUCCCCGAAAAACCUAUGUGUGGUUUCAGCAACGCUGUUGUCCAAAUUCUAAGAAUGCACGGCGUUGAUAAAUAUGCCAGUUACAAUGUCCUGGAAGAUGAAGAUCUCAGGCAAGGAAUAAAAGAUUUUUCAAAUUGGCCGACGAUUCCUCAAGUUUACAUGAAUAGCGAAUUUGUUGGAGGAUGUGAUAUAUUAAUCCAAAUGCAUCAAGAAGGUGAACUUAUUGAAGAACUUAAAAAACUAGGAAUUAGAUCGGUGUUACUGGACGCAGACAACAAUAAAGAAUAAUCAGUUUUAUAAGAAA